AAUUGCCUAAUGAUAUCUUUGAUAACAGCUGUCCGUCAACAUUGUGCCUAUACAACUUGUAGGAUUGAAGUGCGAUAAAACCGAAUGAUUGUUGUCCUUCCUCAAGCUGCAAAGUAAUAAAAAAAUGUUUUAUAUAAAUACGCCAGUGCAGUGAUCAACUGGUGUCAGUCAGCAUCUUGAGGCGACACGACAGAAAGAAACGUUUAUGUAGAGGUUCUGGUGCUGAAGGAGCUCCGCAGGAUCCAUCACCAUCUCAUAACAUAUAGAUGCAAGGUCGGUUGACGAUGUGUUUUUAUGAGGAAGGAUAUACUAUGGGCUUCAGGAAGUGAAGUGGUGUACAGAUGUUUCUUCAGUGCUUCAAACAUGUUAUGUAAAAUUGCACUAAUGCUAUUAAUUUUCACUGGAAAAUGUGCAGCAGAGCAUUUGCUACACAUGUCGGUUGAAGAAGUAACAGCUCACAAUUACACAUACUACAGUCUUUCUUAUGAAGGAUACAUCAGACUUUAUCUGUACUCCCUAAGUGGCGAUGCUGAUCUGUAUGUAUCACAGUAUGUUUCAAAGCCAACAUAUGAUCCAGGACUGAACUGUGCUCAGUCAACAACAUGUGGGGUGGAUGUCGUAGAUAUUCCAAGAAGUUUCAGGCGACCUGUUGGGAUUGGAGUCUAUGGCCAUCCGUCACAUGAAAGAAGUGAAUAUCGUCUUGAAGCAUACUAUAUUGAUGAUGAACAUGAUAGUGGAGAUGUAGAUAUCCGUUCCUCAGGCACUGUGGAGACUGGGAGCACUGGUGUACCAAAGAAAAAGAAAGCUUCUGAUGACACAACUGACGAAAGUGUGAUAUGGUCAUUCGUAUUUUACAUUUUUGAAGUUGCGUUUGAUAUAAUGUUUAUUUGACGAAUUUGAUAUUUGCAUUUGUAAUGUUCCUGAGAGUCCAGGACAGUGAAGUGAAUGAAACAAAGUAUUUCAUUAGUGAAUUCAGGACUUCUUCCUCCAGAAACAUCAGUCAUUGGUGUUAAAAGGUGAUGCUAGUGUGCUGUGAAUAAUGAGCUUUCCUGUGAUGAAUUAUCACAUUAUCCUGUGACAGAAUGUGUCUGAUGAUUUUUAUACUUCGUCCAUUUAGAUGACUUUCCACUAAAUAAUUGUGCUUGAAAUUAAUAUUUCAAGCAUUUGAACAUUAAUUCCCUCAACUGUUUAAUUGUAAGACAUAAUGGCUUGACUGAGUAUUGUGUGGAAUUACACUGCACUGGUGUAGCUAUACUGUGUUAUUGUCUGGAUAGUACAAUAAAUAGUGGCCAGUAUCAAAUACUGCGGCAACAGCUGAAAUUAUGUGCAGUGUGGUAAUCGUGUAUAGUUAAUGCUUUAAGAUGAUUUAAUGUACAACUCAUGUCUUCAAAGUGUGAUAUUCUGAAAUGUGGCACAGUCACUACAUUUCAAUAUGUUUUUUGUCAAACAUUAUUUACGUUGUGCUGAUGGGCAGUUAAUACUCCACCCGUUUUAUGUGCCAUUCGAGAGAAAGGUAUUUGAGUCAACGUACCUGACAGAUUAAAACUAUGCACUAAUGUGUAACAUGUGCAUAGUCUGUUUCUCUUGGAAAUAUUAAUAAUAUAUCUAUGUAAUCAACAGUCUCUCUUCGGUGUUUAGAAAAAUAGUUUGUAAGUAUUAGUAGAGUGAAGCUUUGAAUUAAAGUAAGUGGGAUGCUCUGAAGGAUGCUCUGAAGAAUCAGACGAAAGAGGCUUCCCUGCAAUAGGCAAAUAUUAGGGUUUGAAGUAUGAUUCACCAUGUACCUUUAAUCUGCCAAAAAAUUUAAUUUCAACAUACAAUCCCUCCACUGUAGUGUCAGGUACAUUAAUGACAUUAAAAUAUUUUGCAUGCCAGAGAGAACUAUUGUGCUUAGAUUAUUGUUAUAAGUUUCUGGUAGGAUGGUUAUUCUUCCUCUUUCAGACUUCCCAGAUUUUUGUUGUAUGAGUUGGUAUUUCUGUACCAAAAACACUAUUGUUUAUCACUGUCAAUCUAUUGAACUACUGAUCUAGCCAGUUAGUUCACCUAAGUCAGUCACAAAGGGUUGUUCUCUGCUUUACGCUUCAACAGUCUACAGUCUAAAACUACGAAGUGCUGAUGUCAAGUGAAUAUUCUUAUAUACUGAAUUUUCUUGAUUCAGAAUCUCUUUCUUCAGAAUAUGGCAUUUCAUUUCUAUAUUGCUUCAUGUAAAUAUUUUUUCUUAGUUGUUUCAAUGUAUUUAAAUGGAGAGAGUAAUAACUGUGUGUCACAGGUCUGUAAUUGAAGACAGUGUAAUUUAUGUUUCUACCUACAUGGCAACGUCUCUUUUUUACUAACAAGGGAACCUCCCCAUCGCACCCCCCUCAGAUUUAGUUAUAAGUUGGCACAGUAGAUAGGCCUUGAAAAAGUGAACGCAGAUCAAUUGAGAAAACAGGAAGAAGUUGUGUGGAACCAUGAAAAAAUUGGCAAAAUAUACAAACUGAGUAGUCCAUGUGCAUCAUAGGCAAUAUUUAGGAUACUAUGCGUGCAGGAGCGCCGUGGUCCCGUGGUUAGUGUGAGCAGCUGUAGAACGAGAGGUCCUUGGUUCAAGUCUUCCCUUGAGCAAAAAAUUUAAUUUUUUAUUUUCAGUUUAUGUGACAAACUCUU